CGCGGCUGCUCUCCAUCUCCAUCGGCGUAACCCGCUCCCCUCCCUCCAUGCCACACACCCGCCCUUGGGUCCAUUGAGAUUUGAGUCAGUCCACCGCAGACCAAUUACCACACAGUGCCAUGGCCUGGAGUCAUCCAGCUCGACGCUGGCAUCUCCUGCGUCGCAGCUGUGUCUCCUCGUGCCGGCUUUUUUCCACCCAGCAAACCCACAGUCCGCCGCCGUGGAGGCCGGUAUCGGCGUUGGACGAAUGGGUUGAGCGCGACAUUCGUCCCAUCAGUCUACGACAGCUGACGUUCUUCGGGCGCACCCUGACGGAAUCGCGACUGAUCAGUUCCGCAAAUUACGUCCGGACGGAGCUCCCGACGAGACUCGCCCAUCGCCUGCGAGACAUCCAACGGCUGCCGUACGUGGUCGUCGCCAACCCCCACCUUUCCAUGGUAUACGAGCUCUACUACAAAGCAUUCGAGCGGUUUCGAACCAUCCCCGAGAUAAAAACGCUAGACGACAAUGACCACUUCUGCGACAUCCUGCGCAAGACCCUUCAGGAACAUCUGGUGGUGAUCCCCAAACUCGCAACGGGCGUUUUGGAAUGCCGUGAAUUGGUCCCGCCGGACGUGCUGGAUGAUUUCAUGAACACUCUCCUUCGAGCGAGAAUCUCCCGUCGCGUGAUCGCCGAGCAGCACCUGGCUCUGACGGAAACCUUCAACUCACCAUGGCAUUUCCCCGACUCGCAAGAUCGCACGGACCCGAACGCAGACUUCAUUGGGGAGGUCUUCCUCAAAUGCAACGCCAAGGAAGUUGCCGAACGGUGCGGCAAGCUGGCACAGGAUAUGAUGCGGCAGACCUCGGGGUCGGAUAAGAUCCCGGAGAUCUCGGUACAAGGCCAUCUGGAAGCUACCUUCCCCUACAUGCUGAGCCAUUUGGAAUACAUCAUCGGCGAGCUGUUGCGCAACUCGAUCCAGGCUGUGAGCGAACGAUACAAUGGCACGUCGGAGCAGCCGCCACCGAUCGAGGUGCUCAUCUGCGAAGCGCCGCAGCAUGUGAUCAUGCGGGUGUCGGACCAGGGGGGAGGGAUCCCCCGCGAGGUCCUACCGUACCUGUGGUCCUUCAACAAGGGCCCACACAGCAAAUCUCAUCUCCAGAACCUGGGGCAGGUUCCGGCGAUGGCGGCCACGAUACAGGAGUUGAGCGUGCCGACGGAGCGGAAACACGCGGAUAAGGAGACCUUCCGCGAGAGUUCACUCGACUCGCUGACCUCCCGGCCGCCCAAUCUGCGGCUGGGGAUCGGACUCCCCAUGAGCCGCGUAUACGCCGAGUACUGGGCGGGCAGCUUGGAGCUGCACAGCCUGGAAGGGUACGGCGUGGACGCAUUCCUGCAGAUUUCGAAACUCGGCAACAAAAACGAACAGGUGACGACGCGCGCGUCGAUUGACGCUGUAUGAAUGAAUCAGGCCGAACCAAGGCCAGCCGUACAUAAAAAGCAAAGAAAGAUCAAGAGAAAGAACAAGAACAAGAACAAGAAAAAGAAAAAGAAAAAGAAAAAGAAAGAACAAGAAGAUGCCAUAUCAUGUCAUAUCUGUUUCGCAUUCGCACUAGCACCAGCCCCAAGGCUAGCUCCAGCCCGGGAUGACGUCAGCCGGAAGUCUCUUCCAGAAAGGGAAACG